UGAACUUUUAAUUGUUACAAUAAAAAUAUAUACUACUAUAAACACUAAACUAUUAACUUUCAGUACUGAUACAUUCUGAAUUACCUAUAACCCAGAUAAAUAUAUAUUAAUUGUUUUACAACACUAAAAUUCUACUUCGAACAUCUAACGUACAUCAGUAAACAAAAAAGACAUUGGAAUACAUGGAAGUUCAUGACAGCAAGGACAAAAGUAUAUUUUAUUUCAUCAUGUAUUUAUUAUUCUUUAGAAACACUUUACACAGAUACAUUGAAAAUAUUGUGCCUUAAUACCCCAGUGAGCAAGCCAGAAGGCAACAAUGGCAAGGAAAAACUCCCUCAAUUAGUGAAAAGGAGCACCAGCAGAGUGGGAUAGUGGGCAAGCCAUCCUCCUUUGGCUGGCAUCUAAAUUUGCUGCACAUAGGCUAAAUAUAAUACAAGCCAGUGAUAAUAUCAACAACAGCAGUAACACAGACUUAACAGACAAUUUCAUCAUACCAGUAUCAUUGCUAUACAUGUCACUCAACUUUUCCAUGUUUACCACACAAAAGUUAUAUUUACUAAAAUGAAUAAAGAAUUAAUUCCAUAAAAUAUCAUUGUCAUUUUUCUUUAUUUCACAAUACUUAUAGAUAUCUAUAGAAAACUAUACAUAAAUCAGUGUAUUAUUUUUACCUGCCUAUACCACAAAUAGAUAACAGGCAAAAAUCAAAUGUAGUGUAUUGACAAACAAGCCAAUUAACUUACAAGUAUGAAUCUAUCCACAACUUACCACUAAAGACCUUAAUCAACUAAUAAACUUAAAAUCAACAUCAACGAAUGACACACUCCAAUUAAUUAACUAUGAACCAACUAAUUAGUAAUGGUACAUUCCCAAUCAAUUGUGAAUUAUGUUAAAUACCAGAGUAUCCUGCGAAGGAUUCCAUUAGAUUUUUUCCACUGUAAGAACAGAAAUAUUGAAAAACAAAAUUGAGAGAAAAAUGAACCAACUUCCAGACUCAAUUUCAGGAUACGUGCAUUCUGUAUCACCCAUAAAACUAUCUAAAAUUAAUAGCAAAUACUUCACCGCUUCACUACAAACUGACAGGGACACAUACCACCACACAGUCAUCUUUCAGUGUAAUCAACAAACCUCAUGGAACAAUGCUGCAAGGAACUGCUCCGCAAUCAAACUCAUGAAUGCAAAGAAAGUUCCAAACAGCAAUGACACAAAAUAUGACAUCCAGAGUACCAGCUCUACAACACUCGAAGUGACUCAAGUACCAUUCCCCCAUAAACCCCCAAAGCAACCACACCCCUCCACCAUUGCCGAAAUGAAAACCCUAGAUGCACAGCAUCAUAUCCCCACACUAAAAGCCAAAGUAACAAAGAUCGAGUCUGUUAAAAAUGUGUUUUUUAACAAUACUGAAGCAGAGGUAAUGAACUGUUGGAUAACUGAUGAAACCGGAGGAAUUCAAAUUGCCUUGUGGGACAACUUCAUUACUGAGGUCUAUCAAGGAAAUUCAUAUAACUUUACGAACCUGAUGACAAAAAGGUAUCAACAAAAAACCUUCUUACAAUCAACCAGACACACAACAAUUACACCUUUAAAAAUUCAAAUUUCUACUGGACCACUUCAUCAAAUGUCUGAGGAUGAGAUUUCUCCUCACAAAAACAUCACCUCUGCUUUACAAGGUGUGCAAAUUAAUAUCAGUAAACACUGCCCGAAGUGUGCUACUCUUCAACAAGAUUUUGCUCCACAAUGUGCUUUCCACCGCUGCACAAAGUGCAAAAUGUUAAGGAGUGGCACCGCUUACGUCACAAAACUUGGUGGCAUUUUGGAAUUUAAAGAGAACAAAACUGAGCUCUCUUUAACCAUGUCAAAUUCCAUUUUGAAGAGAUUUUUAACACCACUACUUGACCUGGGCAAAACCGAUGCACAGGACAUCGAACAGAUGUUCCUGGCCAUGAAAAGUUUAACAGUAACAUUUACACAAAACAUGCAGGUUCUACAAAUGCAAGAAACACCCAACGACGAUACUGAUGAGGAGCUUCUUCACAUUGAAGAAACUCAAUUGUCACCAGAACCUGCUGCACUUUUUAUCCCGCAAAAAACUGCAGUAAAAGAAACCAAACAUUCAAACGAUGAACAGUUUCUUCAAAUUGUAGAAACCGAAUCGUCACAAGAACCUGCUGCACUUUUCAUGCCACAAAAAAGACCUGUAACCGAAACCAAACAUUCAUGUAAAAAAACAAAGUGUGAUACAUAGACUUGUGAUAAAUUUAUACAACCUGUAUAACUUGUAUUUUCUUGUAAAAAAAAAAUACUAUAGGGGUUUACUUUUCAAUGGUUAAAAUGUUUAUUUUCCCCCCCAUAUCUAGUUGCUAAAAUUUGUAAUGGAAAUAUACGUUGCUGUAAAAAUAUGAUUUAAUUGUGAAGCUUUCUUCUACUUGAAUAAAUGUUUAAGUUUUGCAACUAUACAAGAUGCUUUCGUUAUCAGUAUUUUACUUUUGAUUGUUCCUUUUUUCACCCAAAUGUAUUUCCUUCUAAAUAAAUGCAAUACAACACUA